UCAGACCUCCGUAUACCUUUCGUGAGUUGGCUGGUCGGUCGGUCGGUUUUGGAUCGGUCCGGGACUGCAUGGGGCCUAGUUGUUUGAAAAAGCUCAAAAAGUAGAGAGAAGAAAAAAAAAUCAUUCCUACUUCCAACCCAACGGACAUCGUCGUUCAGGUCAAGCCUUGUGGUCUCUUGUCGGCUGUUGUGGUAGCGUCUCAGAUAGAUUAGUUUCCGUUUAUUUCUCGUUUUGUUGAGCCCAAGUGCCAAGUGGUGGUGGAACAGCAGUGGAUAGGGCAUCCUAGGUGGACCUUCUCCGGUGUCUACAGUCAUCGGUUUGCCCUAGGCUAGUGAAGAACGGAUUGUUCAGACGCCCUAGUCGGAUCGUUGCGUCAAUAGUUUUCGGGUGUCGGCGAACGUACGGUUCGUUUUCUGCUAACGCUUGGAGACUUCAACGGAAAAGUCCGUUGGCGAUUAUUGCAGGUACCGAUAAGAAGCUCCUAGGCAGCGAUAAGCGAUUAGUUCUCGGCUUACAUUGUCAACGAAACGAAAGUGCGUCAACACCGGGCAAUUUUGUUCAAAUAACUACUUUCAAGUGUUGGGCUUUUUAUUUUCAUAUUCUAGUAGUGAUUCCGGAUGUGAUAAGAUGGGACCACAAUUGGAUAAUUGUUCCAGUUGGUGCAUUGUGUGAACAAUCAAGCGGUCGUCAUUGACUGUACUAAAUAUGCUGUAUGAGUGAUUUUACCCCAGCACUGGAUGUCGGGCAUUGUUGUUCGGUCUGUUCGGAGAUCUUCAAAGUAAGAUAGAAACUCGAAAUUGGUAUUUCAUAUAACUGCUUCUCACAUAGAGCAUCGCAGUCGUUUGGCAAACUUGGGCAGCAAAAAACACACACACUCAAAAUGAUGUCCCGUGGCUUCACCGACCUGUUGUGGGACUACGCGGUCUUCAUCGCGUUCAUCGUGUUCUCCACCUUGUACCCGCUGUGGAGCAGAUUCUUCGGCAAAAAGGAGAAAACCAAGGCCGACUAUGUGUUCGGGCUCGGCAACAUCUCGAUGGUGGCGAUGAUGCUUUCGAUCGCUCGGGGCACCCUCGGGGUCCGAUCGGUGCUCGGUUACCCGAGCGAGCUGUUCUAUCGGGGAACGGCCAUGUGGGAGACCCUGUACGGAAUGGUGACGGCCUAUCCGAUCGUGUGCUUCGUCUUCAUACCGGUGUACUUCAACUUGGGCGUAACGUCCGUGUAUCAGUAUUUGGAUCUGAGGUUCAACAGUCGGCUGGUUCGUUGCCUGGCCUCGGCAACCUACAUUGUUCGGGCGAUUCUCAAUCAGGGUGUAACGGUUUUCACCCCGACGGUGGCUUUGACGACUGUCAUCGGGAUUCCGUACUGGGUCUCGCUGGUAGCCAUUUCAGUGAUCAGUAUUAUCUUUAACCUACUCGGAGGUCUGAAGGCAGCCAUUACGGCGGACGUUAUUCAAACGGUCACCAUGAUUCUGAUAUCGAUUGGUAUCAUCAUCCAGUCCAUGGUCAACGUUGGAGGCUUUGAGAAGAUUUUCACAAUUCCUGCAGAAAAUGGACGCUUGAACUUCUUCAACUUCACUGGUGAUAUGACGGUUCGAGUGGACACAACGUCCGCCUGGCUUGGGCAGCUGUUCAUGUCCAUGAGUAUCUUCGGAUGUCAGCAGAACUUUGUCCAGCGGUAUCUGAGCAUGAGCACCUUCAAAGAGGUUCGUCGAACUCUGAUGAGCAACAUCCCCAUGGUCAUCGGCUUGUUUUCUCUGGCUUGGAUCGUUGGCCUCGGGGUGUACUCGGUUUAUGCCGAUUGUGAUCCGAUGUCUGCCGGUUACACCAAUCGAAUGGACGAAAUCCUUCCCUUUUUCAUGGAGGACAAGUUCUCGUACCUACCGGGAGUGUUGGGACUGUUCAUGGCUUCUCUUUUCAAUGGAGCGCUUAGCUUGAACGUAUCCAACCUAAACUCCCUGGCCACGGUGACCUGGGAAGACUUUCUGGCUCCUCUACCAAGAUUCAAGGGUAUCACGGACAAACAACAGCUUACGAUAAUCAAGUUCAUCGGAUCGGUCUAUGGAGUUGCUAUCAUGGGCGUUGGUUUUGCGGUAGGACUACUAUCGGGUGUCAUCGAGAGCAGUUUGCUGAUGACUUCAGCUACCUCGGGACCAUUACUCGGAGUUUUCAUUCUGGCCAUGUUGGUUCCAGUUGCCAAUUGGAAAGGAGCUGCUGCUGGAGUAAUUAUAUCCCACAUCAUCACCCUCUGGAUCACCUUCGGUAGUUUGAUGGUCAAUAAGGAGACUGUCCUUUUGCCAACCAGUAUUGAGGGCUGCACCAACGAAACCUUCUCGGCCGGAAUCACCAAACCUUCCCGAUCCUGGCUGCUGGCAAAUACGCCGCUGGAAAUCGAGUCCGACUUUUCCUACCUGGAAACUCCUCGGGAACCGCAGCUAACCGAAACCGAAAGUCAGUUCCCGGAAUCGCUGUACGCCGUGUCCUACAUGUACUACAGCCUGAUCGGCACAUUUAUUACCGUUGUGGUCGGAACGUUAGUCAGCUAUCUGACGCACCACUCGGAUGACGCCUACGAUCACAAACUCCUCCAUCCGGCCGUUUAUCGGCUCAGCAAGAUGCUCCCCGGUAAGGAACGUCGCUACGUUCCGAAUCCCUCGAUCAAGCCGAAAAUCCCGAGCGACGAUCAGUGCAAGGUGCCUAUCGACAAACUGGAACAGGACAAUGCGGCCUUCGAUGGGAAAAACGAAGGAUUAGAGGAAAAGCAGCCAUCGGCUGACGUUUUCGUUGUUAAUCUGACGAAUGAUCUGAAGAAGGCGGAAAGCGACAGAACUGCAAUCAACAGCAGCCGCAGUCCAAACGAGCUGUACCGGAAGUUGGAUGAGGAGUUGACGGAUGUUAGGACGUGACGAGGUGGACCAGUUUUUUUUCUUUCUAAUCUUUUUUUUUUUUUAUUACAACUUAUCCAUAGGUAGUGAAAGUAUUGAUUGUUUGUAUUGUAAUUUUAUAGAACAUGCAAGACUGUGAUAAGAGCUAAGUAUUUUUUUCUAUAUGAAUAAUUUUGAACGCAGACUUUUCUAUUGCUAGAUCCUUAUCUAGUGCAGUAAGAACAGCCAGGGUAGUCACUAGUAGAUUUCUAUUCUGUUAAUUUAGUUAAUAAAAGGAAGGUCCUUGAGUA